AUGAAUUCGAAUGCUGACAAGCGAGCCACAAGAGUCCAACCUUCUCAGGUUGCACUGCUGCCGCAGCUUCCAUCCGAGAAUGAAGGAGUAUCGCAAUUUUCCGACCCCAAAUCAAAGCCUGGCAAUUUCGUUCCCAAUUCCCACCCAACUAAAACCCCUCCAUCCUCACCCCUAGAGCCUGGCGGCAAGCUCAUCAGAGGUGCACCACGAGCCUUGGCUCUUCAAGCAAACACCCAUACUGGCUCGGAUUUUAAUGUACGGAAUGAGUCACCUUGGGAUACUUACAAGAAAUCCUACGAAUGUGAUCUAGCUGGAACAGUUAUUGUAUGCGUCCGGGCUUCCGAUGGGCGUGUUGCACGGGCGAUUCGUCGAUUCUCAAGCAUGGACUGUGACAAAAUCCUCGAAGUUAUCCGUUUGACAAACCACAAGAAUGUUGCUUCCGUCCGGGAAUGUUUUCGCACCUCUGAUUCCCUGUACACUCUCGGCGAGUUUGACCCGCUGUCACUGGACCAUAUUGUUGCUUGCAAAGCUUUCCCAGAUCAGCAACAGCUGGCUGCUAUCAUGUCCCAGUUUCUGGAAGGACUGGCGCAUUUGGUAACCCAGGGCUUCUGCCAUCCUGCUUUGGAUUGUUCUAGCGUCCUCAUGAAUCUUAGUGGGGAGGUCAAGAUCGCGCGGAUUGACUGCUGUAUUCCCCGGCAGAUAGGCCGGGCCCAAGCGAGGGAUCUAGCACCUGCGUCGAGAAUUAUGAUGGAAUUGAUGCAAAAGUACGUCAAGGACGACGGGGCAGUCGGGAUUGAUAAUCUUGAGCGCUGGCAAGCUUGCCCAGCUGCUAUAGAAUUUCUUUCCGCGAUUACCUCGGCCAGCUCAUUUGAAGAACUGAAAAAUGUUUGUGACCUACCCAGUUACCUCGCUCUGCAAUUACUCAUAGCUCUUAAGCAACCAUUUUUGACAGGAACUCGAUGGUGUCUCGGCGACCUCAUCGGCCUUGCUUGGUUUGCUCUGAUAUCCGCCCGUACGUUCUACUCGUACACACCGAAUUAA